AUGAGCUCCAACAACACCAACCAAACACACAAGAACCCCCUCAAUCCCAAGAACGCUGACCUCAACACCUACGAUCCCACUCUAGUGCCACGCCCAAAUCCUCUCCAUCAUUCCACCUACAUCUCAGACAAAGGCUCUGAUCCCAACAACGACAAUGCGCCUGCAAGCUCUCUUUCUCCUCCCCCUUUCACCCACCCAACCGAAGAAUCGACCGCGAUCCUUGCCGCCAUUCGUAACGAGGCGAACAAACACACGCCCGUAACUUCCGGAUUCCUGAGCGACAAGGAGCUUUUAACCAUCAUCCACAACGCCAAAGCCACUCUAUUCAACGGUCAAGAGCGUGUCAUACAUGAAGUUGUACAAUUGUGCGCUCAGGGGCACAGUGUAGCUGAUGUUUUCAUCAAUGCGUUGAAGGCGUUGUGUCUUCAUGGGGCGCUCGAUGCUGCGCAGCAGAGCACGUUGAAUGAGAAUGUUGGGAAGUGCAUUGCGCUGGCAAGCGGGAAGAAAAUCGAGGCGGAAGCGAGCGCUUAG